AUGUUACGCGAUCCUGCUAAUCCGUUGGAGUUCACAUCCAUUCGCAAAUGGGGCUUCACCUUCAUCAGCUCGAUCUCAGCGCUCUCUAUCGCCUUUGCAUCCUCUGCGUAUAGUGGAGGUAACAGAAGCAUCAUCUCUGAAUUUGACGCAUCACAGCAUGUUGUCGUUCUGAGACUUUCUUUGUUUGUUCUGGGGCUUGCCAUUGGACCUCUACUUUGGGGUCCCUUGAGCGGUAGGAACUCUUUUCCAGCUGUCAACUUCUGUACUGAUGUUCGUCCAGAGCUUUACGGCCGGAAAUAUGUGUUUUCGUUUACCUACGCCGUGGUUAAUAUAUUCAGUGUCGCUACCGUGGUUGCGCCCAGCGUACAAAGUCACAUCAUCUUCCGCUUCCUCGCUGGCGCCUUUGGCUUUUCAUAUCAGACUAAUGCCGGUGGAGCUAUUGCAGACAUGUUCGAAGCUGGAGAGCGAGGAUUGGCACUGACCAUCUUUGCGGCUGCUCCGUUCCUCGGCCCAGUUAUUGGCCCAAUCGUUAUUGGCUUUGUUGAUCAGAAUCUAGGCUGGCGCUGGGUUCAGGGUGCGAUGAUGAUAUUCGUCGGUGCCGUCUGA